UCCUUUUCUUUUAUUAUGAAUAUAUGAUUAUAAAUUAAAAUGACGAGGGGUUUAGGGUGUAAGAAUGUGGGCAGAGGAUGCGCUUGGGGCUCCUGCGCCCUCGCUCGCGCUUCUUCCGUCUCAAUCUCGAUAGCAAUGCUUCCUCCUCCUCAUCUUCCACUGGCGACAAUGGUGGGGAAAAUGGCCGCUCGAAUCCAGUGCUCAAGAAGAAGAAGCACCCCGGCUCGCAAGACAGCAAUGGCGAUCCCUUGAAGGAGCUGUGCUCGCUCGUCGCCUCUGCUACUUCCAAGCCAAAUGCGGUGCUCAUCUCGGCGUCGUCCCGGACGAAAUCGCUCCAGCAGCGCUACAAUCGCGUGGAAUGCAGCAUCCGCCAGGUACGCUCGAGUCGCUCGAGUGGAUUCUUCGGCCAUGCCGAUGCGAUCCUCGAUAUUUUGGGGUUCCUAGAGCAUGGACAGGAAAUCGGCAGUGCUCUGGGGCAGCGAUUCGAGUCUCUUCUCUCGGAUUUUCUAGUCGCUAGGGUUGUGCUUGGAGCUCAGAGCUUAGAGAUGGCGUGCUCGUUCUUCGAGUGGGCGUCUGGAAGUGGUGGGAGCUACAGGCCCGGGAUCUUGGCAUACGAUUGCCUCGUUCAUGUUCUUGUCAAGGGUGGAAGAGCUGGGCAGGCAUACGAUAGAUUCCAGGAGCUCUCCAGGUUUUCCUUGGCUCCCUCCAAGUUCAUGUAUGGGAUUCUCGUGGAUGGUCUAGCGGCACAGGGCGAUACCGAGAAGGCACUGGCGAUCUUCGAAGAGUUUAAGGAACGCUAUGGUGGAGAAGAAGAAGAGAGGGUCGUCCAGUGCUUUGGUUUCCUCGUCACUGGACUUUGCAAGGCUGGGAAGAUCUCCGAGGCCACGGAUCACUACCAAAGGCUGCGAAAGAGCUUGCGAUUCUUGAGCGUGGUGGUGUAUAACAGUCUCAUAGACGGGCUUGUCAAGGCCAAGCUCGUGGACAAGGCACUGGAGAUUUUCUCUCGAGACAUGGACGAGGCUCUCUGCCAGCCAAACUCUCACACUUAUGGAGCUCUUGUCUCGGGGCUUUGCAAGGCCGGCAGGAUCGCAGAGGCUUGCGAGCUCUUCCAGCAGAUGAUCGAGAGAAGAUACACUCCUCACGUAGUGCUCUACACGACUGUGAUCGAUGGGCUUUGCAAGGCACGGCAGUUUGACAAGGCUUGCUCGUACCUGGAAAAGAUGGAAAGUCCCGACAUCGUUACGUAUAGUGCGUUUAUAGACGGGCUUUGCAACGUUGGAAAGGUGGACUAUGCUUUUGAGCUCCUCAAGCAGAUCCAAGAGCGUGGAAACGCUCGGCCCGACGUGGUGCUCUACACUAUAUUCAUCAAGGGACUGUGCAAGGCUGGGCAAGUGGACAACGCUGUGGAGUUGUUCUACAAGAUGGAAGAUAUCGGCUGUCCUCCCAAUGCUGUGACUUACAACUCGCUCAUGCGAGCGCUGGCUUGGCACAAGAGCGUGGACGCUGCCCGGAGGCUCUUCACGGAGAUGAUAAGAAAAGGAUGCGAGCCCGAUGGAGCGACUUACGUGCUUAUCUCCGAAGUUUUUUUCAAGAGCAAGAGCUUGGAGGACGCUCGCAAGUUUGAGGAAGAUGUGAGAAACGAAUGCGGCAGCCUCAAAGGCUUGGCUGCGUAUGUUUCUCAGAUCAACAAGCUCUGCAGGGAAAGGAAGCUGGAAGAGGCGUACAGGAUUCUCCAGACGAUCGCCAAAGACAUGCAGCCAACAGUGGGGAUGUACGCAACGCUCGUUCGCGCCUUUCUGCGAGACGAAAGAGCCAUGGAGGUGGACGAGCUCGUGAAAGACAUGGUCCGGAGAGGGUGUGCUCCAUCGUGUGAACUUCACAACGCCAUCAUGGCUGGCUUGAGGUGGAUCGCUAGGAACAAGAAGCUGCCAGCCUUCGUCCACAAGUUGGUCUCGGAGAUGGAAGAGAAGCAGUGGAUUCCAGACGCACUUUUUUGCACCAGUCUUGUGGAAGGACUGUGCCAAGCCGGCUAUCCAGGCCUUGCACAGCAGCUAGUGACACAAGCUGACAGCAAACAAGGCUCGAUCAAUCACCACCUGUGGGAUACUCUCGUCAGGAUGCUUUUCACGUCGGGAAAACUCAAGAUAAGCUUGACAGUUGCUGAGCAAGCGCUGGAAAGGGGUUGUGAGAUCCAUGUUUUGACGUACUACGAGAUCAUACGAGGACUUGUGAGGCUUGGCAAGGUGAGCAAGGCACUGGCGCAGUUCCAGAAAAUGGUCGAGCAUGGAAAGCCGACACUCAGCAGACAGAUGGCCAUGGUUCACAGCAGCCUUGUAACAAAGCUGUGUAGGAGGGGCCGACUAGAGGACGCUUACGAGCUCCACCAGAAAAUGGUGAAGCGAGGAUUGUCCCCGACGAUAAAGUCCUACAAGCUUCUGAUCAAGUACCACUUCAAGGCUGGAAAAGCUGGAGUUUCUCGGCAGUUGUUUGAGCAGAUGCAAAAGGUGGAUUCGCCGCAAACUCGAGACACUUACAGGGUGCUGUUGGAAGGCUACUGUCAAGCCGGAAUGCUGGACGAAGCCUAUGGAGCUUUGGAAGAAACUGUUGCCCGCCAGUUCAAGCCCACUGGAGCGAGCUACCUUGAGCUGAUCCGAAAGCUCUGUGAGCUGGGAAGAACCGAGGAGGCGCACCACAUACUCCAGAGGAUGGUUUCGCUCGGCCAUCGCCCCCUGCUGCUGUCUUACAACGCCGUCUUUCAGGCCUACUACGAGAGUGGAAGGUUUGCAAACGCUCGCGAAGUUUUCCAGGAGAUCCUAAGGCUGUUUAGGAUCGAUAAAGCCAGACAGUUCCCUAUCACGGAGGAUCAGCUGCGAGUCAUCUUCGAUCGACCAUAUUAAGAAUGCAAAAGAGCUCUUCUUUCUAAGAGACGAGCCGCGACAAGAUCCACUCCAAGCUUCUCGAGCUAGGCGAUGGCGAUCGCGAAGGUUCCAAGCAUAUAUAGGAGCAGGCACGAGAUCAUUGUCCGCGUUAAUGGAAUCAUCUUACUAAUUAGUGGAAGUUAUUAAUUGUGUUUUACAGGUUUGCCGUAAAAUUUAGAGAAUUUUACACUCCUUCCUGUUUAUGAAUAUUUCCAGCACCUUCUAAAAGCAUGGACAUCACUAAAA